CUAAAUCUUUCGCCUGUGGCGCAGACUUCCUGGGCUGCCCAGAAAAUGCAGUCUCGGUGGUGCACGCAAGUUGUAGUUCCGUUGCUAGAGGAGGGGGGUGUACAGUUUCGCCAACAAUGGAAAUUCAAUCAGGAAAUGGAGCGGCGGUGGCCAGUGGAGCCGCGGUCACAUCCUCCUCGCCUCCCCGUGGCCCCCGGGCAGAGCCGCACAGAGAGGACCCGCCAGCCGCCAAGAAGAUCGAGAGGUUCCACGUCCCGCUGGACAGCCUGAAAAUGAUGUUCGAGAACCCUGUGAUGCAUAAAACAGAAGUUGCACGUGAGAGAGGAGCGCUCUCCCCAAAGCAUCCGAGAGCACAGGGAGGCCAGCACAACGGUGUGUCCGUGGAUCUGGAGGAACAGCAGACACCUGGCAAGAACAUGUCCUCCAAACACGACCAGACUGCAGGCGGCGCGGGUGGAGCCAGGACAGGACUUCCUGAGGAAGCAGAGAGGCAGUGGAGCAGAGCUCCCGCUGAGGGAACGGAGCCAGAGCCCAUCCCACUGAAGGAAAGGCUGGCCAUGUAUCAGGCGGCUGUCUCAAAGAAGGAGGCGGGCUCCUCUUCCGGCAUGGUUGUGGAGGAGGCCGAGGUCUGCUCCUUACCCGGAGGGCUCGCCGGCGUGAAGAAACAAUUUGAGAGCCAGGAAAUUGCGUCCUCUCACAGCACCGUCACCCAGGUCCACAUCCAGCACAGAUCGGUGCAGGAAGUGUCUAGCUCGUCAGAGGUGACCGUAAGGAGCAAAAUUAGAGAGGUGGUCCCAUCAACUCACCAGGCGUCCUUCAUUCAGGAAGAAAAGGUCUCGCACGAUCAGAGUGUUCACAAGAGCUCCGUGGCCUCCGAUUAUGCCAACCAUUACGAGGAAACUGUGAAGGUCAUUGGAGGAGAGGACUUGCCAAAGAUUUCUACUCAGGCUUUGAAGCAGCAGUUUGAAAGAGCCAUUGAAGAUGCCACCCCAAGCAAACAAAUAAAGAUUGAUGUUGAUUACAACCAGUUUCAAUGGGCUCCAGUUGUAAAUGUUUCGUCUAAAGCCUCAACAGGCAAGACGACUACAGUAUCAUCCGUGACUUCGAAAGUGGAGGAGGCAGCCUCCAGUUCUGCUUCUGCCUCUACCUCUACCGCUAUCUAUGAGAGCAUGGAAAGCCUGCCUCCACCACCCCCAGAGCUACUUCAGCCACCAUCUGAACAUUCAGAAGGUUACUCACCAGAACCUCCUGAACCAGCCCCUCCAUCCAAGCAAUCAGUCAACAAGCAGUACACCAAACAGAGGAACCUCUAUGAGCUGAAGCGCCUUUACAAGCACAUCCACCCGGAAGUCCGCAAGAACCUGGAGCGAGACUUCUUCAGUGACGUGACGGAGAUAGAGAGGACCCAGCUGGAGAGCCAAGAGGAGGUGACCGGAGACGUCCAGCAGGCCAGAUCUGUGUUUGAAAACACAGGAAGUAGUCCUAGCAAGUGUAUGAGCCCUGAGCGAGAGUACCUUGAAUGGGACGAGAUCCUUAAAGGGGAAGUACAGUCCAUGCGCUGGAUGUUUGAAAACAAACCCCUGGACACCAUUAAGGAUGAAUCGGCAGAUGAGGACGAGGUGAGGAACAUUGCUCAGCAGGAAAUAAUCGCUGGAAAUGACGUAAAGUACACGGCAUGGAUGUUUGAAACGCAGCCCAUGGACAGCUUAGGAACAGAAAACCCAGAUGCAGAACAGAAAGGCAAGUGUCCUGAGCUGGCGAGAGGAGAUGUGCGCACCGCAACUUGGCUGUUUGAAACGCAGCCAUUAGACACUCUCAACAAGGUCUACAAUGAGGAAGGGCAGACCACAGAAGUCAUCCUCACAAAUGACGUAACUCGAGGGGACGUCAAAACCGCAAGGUACCUGUUUGAAACUCAACACUUGGAUUCUCUGGGCCACACCGAGGCCACUGAUGAGACCCACUUCCUGCAGCUGAAGUCAGAGUUAGAGGAAAUCAAAGGGGAGGUGAAGACAACCACACAGAUGUUUGAGACGCAGCCAAUGUGCGUCAUCAGGGGAGACUCCGGUCAGAUGCUGGAGAUAACAACCGUCCGUAGAGAGGAAACCGAGAAAGGGGAUGUGAAGACCUCACGCUGGCUCUUUGAAACUCAGCCACUGGACAUGAUUAACAGGGAUCCCACACAGGUGAAGGUGGUUUGCGGUGUGUCCAUGGAGGGCACCUACCAGGAUAACGUGAAAAAGGGCAGAUGGCUGUUUGAAACAAAGACUUUAGACUCCAUCAGAGAUGAAGAAUGGGAAGGCUCUACGCUGCAAAAGGAGGAGAUUAUUGGAGCUGAUGUUCGCAAGCAGUGUUGGGUGUUUGAGACUCAGCCAAUGGACACUUUGAAAGAUGAUUCAAAUGCCAGACCCAUGUCCGCUGAAGAAAUUGUAGGGGGCGAUGUGCGAGCAGCUAGACAUUUAUUUGAAACUGUCCCAAUGGAGGAUUUGAAGGAAAAUCGUGAAGUGGGAAAACUUCAAAAGCUAGUGGCAUCUGAAGAGGAAAAGGGUGAUGUGAGACAUCAGAAGUGGGUUUUUGAGAGUCAGCCACUUGAGAACAUCAGAGAAGAGAAAAAGGAAUUCAUCCGAACUGUAAAUCUAGAGGAACUGGAUAAAGGGGAUGUCUCAAACUACAAGGAAAUUUUUGAAACUAUGGAUUUGAGCAGGUGCGAUGAAAGUCAGAAAAUACAAGUUGAGGGUGUCACCAGUGGCUCUGUGAGGUCAAACAAAGUCCUUUUCGAAUCCACACCCUUGUAUGCAAUGCAAGACAGCUCUGGUCACUACCAUGAGGUAAAAACAGUGAGAAGGGAGGAAAUAGUUAAAGGCGAUGUGAGAAGCUGUAAGUGGAUGUUUGAAACACGUCCUAUUGAUCAGUUUGAUGAAAGCAUCACAAAGUUCCAGAUUAUUAAAGGAAUAUCUAAACAGGAGGUUGAGGCAGGUGAUGUUAAAACAGCCAAGUGGCUGUUUGAAACACAGCCUCUGGAUUCCAUUAAAUAUUUCAGCAAUGUUGAAGAUGAGGAGAGCGAAGUUAAGGCAGAAGUUGAAAUUGUGAAAGGUGAUGUCAAAACGUGUCAGUGGCUGUUUGAGACGCAGCAAAUGGAUACACUGUAUGAGAAAGAAAAGAAUGAGAGUGAAACUGAGGAAAUUCACAAAGGUGAUGUCAAAACCUGCACUUGGAUGUUUGAGACCCAGAACCUGGACACGAUUCGGGACGAGUCAGAAACCGUCAUUAAAACACGUACAGUGCAGCAGGAGGAUGUCCAGAGCAAAGAUGUCCGUAUGGUUCGUUUCCUUUUCGAGACAGAGAACCUGGAGAACAUCACAGGUGAAGAAGAUACUUCUUUUAAGAAAGUCACUAAUAUAGAUAUUCAAUCUGGAGAUGUAUCCAGAAUGAAGUAUAUAUUUGAGAAUCAGUCUUCUGACAUUAUGACUUCAACUUCAGAGGAAACCAUGCACAAGCUGAAAACUAUUCAGGCAGAGGACAUUCAGAGAGGAAAUGUAGUUAAUUGCAAAUGGAUGUUUGAAAAUCAACCUAUGGAUGCCAUUUGUGAGGAUUCUGAAGAACACAAGACCAUCCGGACUGUAGUAGAUGUGCAGGGGGGCAAUGUGGAAAAAGAGCGAUUCAUUUUUGAAACCACAUCUUUAGAUAAUUUUCAGAAGGAAUCCUCUGACACAGAGGUGAGCCAACUUCAAAGAAUCAUGUGUCAACAGGAGGAGAAGGGAGAUGUGAAAAACUACACCAUGAUGUUUGAGACUCAGCCUCUGUAUGCAAUUCAAGACAAAGAGGGUCAUUACCAUGAGGUCACCACUGUGACUAAGGAAGAAAUCAUGAGGGGAGAUGUAGUGGGUGCGAGGUGGCUUUUUGAGACAAAACCUCUCGACUCAAUAAAAGACACUGAUGAGGUCUAUAUAAUUAAGUCUGUCACUGAGGAAGAUAUAAAUAAAGGGGACGUGAGUUCAGCUCGGUGGAGGUUUGAAACUCAACCUCUGGACGAAAUUGCAGAGGACAUAAAAGUCUCAGUCAAAACAGUCAGUGAUGUUCAAGGGGGUGAUGUAAAGACAAACAAACAACGUUUUGAGUGCAAUGGGAUGUCACAACAACUUGUGAGAACAGUUAGUGUGAGUGAAAUCCACAAAGGCGAUGUUAAAACUGCUACGUGGAUGUUUGAAACACAUACACUGGAUAAGAUCCGCAGUGAAGACUCAGAAUACAAUGAAAUGGAAACAGUGAGAAAGGAGGAGGUCUUAAGGGGAGAUGUUAAACAGUCAGUCUGGCUAUUUGAAAAACAGCCCCUUGAUAGUAUAAAUACAACUGAGGAAACAGAUGUUGUUGUUACCCGUGAAGAGAUUCCAAAUGCAGAUGUGAAGACAACUAAAUGGCUUUUUGAAACAACCCCAGUCCAUGAGUUUAAUGAAAAAAGCAUAGAGAAGGUCGAGAUAAUUGGUAAAAGUAUUAAGGAGACGCUAGAUGAGCUAUACAGUCAGAAAAUGGUUGCAUCAAAAGGAGUACUCAUCGAGGCAGAUGAGAUUGGGGAUGUCAGAAUGGCAAAAUUCAAGCUCAUGAAUCAAGACGAGCCCCAAAUCCAGAGAGAGGAAGUCCUUAAAGGGGAUAUUAAAAACAUAAUGAUGAACCUGCUGAACAAAGGGGACACUAUAGAGAAAGGCAUCAUUAUCAAUGAAGAAGAGAGGGGUAACAUCAACACAACAGUGAAACAGCUGUACACUCAAGAAGUGGGAAGCAUUGAGAAGGAGGAAAUCAUCAGGGGUGACAUUCAGGAAGCUAUAAACAACCUGUUUAAGGGUGAAGGGUCUGCCAAACAUGGCAUUCUUAUUCAGGAAGAUGAGAAGGGGGAUGUACGAAUGACUAUAUAUUCUCUUCUCAAUCGAAGAGAUGAAACUGUCCUUGAAAAAGAGGACAUUGUCAAAGGAAAUGUUAGAAGUACCCUGCACACGCUACUGACUGGCCCAGAUGGAGGGGAGAUGAUGAAGAUUACAGUGAGUGAUACAGAGAAGGGAAAUGUGAACUUUUAUUCCACCUGCAUAGAGUCUGGAGCUCUGGAGUACCUGAAAAACCUACAGGUUGAGCCAGAGGAUAUUCUCCCAGAAAAGGAAGAAAAGGAGAAGAUUGUUGGUGGCGACGUUAAAGCAACCAAGCUCAUCCUGAAGAACAAUCAGCUGCAAAUCGAACGCACUGUGACGGAAGAGGACAUUGUCCCUGGAGAUGUGCACAACACAGUCAAGGUGUUCAUGACUGAACCUGUGGUCUCCCUGAAUAAUAUUGAGAAGGAAGACAUUGUGAGGGGAGACUUAAGAGCUACCCUGGAUUCACUAUCACAGGCCAUCAACCAAACAGUCAUGGUUGAGAAAGAGGAAGUGAUUAAAGGUGACAUAUCCACCACACUGAGGUCUCUGGAAGAGGCCAAAAAUCUGUCCAAGGAAAUUGAGAAGCCAGAGAUUGUUCCAGGUGACAUCAAAGGAGCACUGGAGUCCCUGGGGAAAUCGGCAACCACAAAAGUCGAAAUUGUCAUUGAAGAUUUAGUGCCUGGUGACAUCAAAGGCACCUUGAAAUCACUGGAGGAGGCCAAGCAACUUUCAAGAGAGAUUGAAAAAGAAGAAAUUGUCAAAGGCGAUAUUCAGACAGCAAUGCAGAGUCUGCGCGAGGCAUCCAAUGAAAAGAAGGUCUACCAGCAGCAAGUGAGUGUACAGGGAGAUGUGAGAGGCACCAUACAACUGCUGCUGGAACCACCACCUCCAUCCACUCACCGUAGGCCUAGUACAGAGGGAGAUGUGAAAAUGUCUAUAAAAUCUCUGUACAAUGGACAGGAUCAAACCCAAAUUGAGAAGGAAGAGGUGAUAAAAGGUGACGUUCAAGGCACUAUAAAAUGCUUGCUCCAGGGGAAAGAGCACACGAGUGCUAAAACCACUGUUAAUGAUUUCAGAAAAGCUAAAGCAACAGUGAAAGCCCCAUUACUUUCUCAGCAGGAGAUCCAUGAAUGCUCAGUUGAGACUAAAACUGAGAAUGAGGCUGUGAAGCCAGCUCCUGCUGUUAAAAAUCUGUCUCAGUGCACUGAAUCACAGAACACCCUACAAAAGCACACAGCCACUAAAUCGGUGAAAAGCAAGUCUUUAGCCCAGGAGGAGCAUUCUCUCACAACACAAACCGCAGCGAUCAAUAUGGCCCGUUCUCCAGUGCAGAUAAAUGUUAAAGAACGACCACCGAAACAGAAGGUGGCCUCCCCUGCACCUGUGGUCGUAAAUAAGAAAAAUGUGAGCAAUCUGGUGACUGAAAACACAGCAACCUCAGCAGAGAUCAGCAACCAAUCGCAAAGUAGUGUAAACACAGAGCAUACACAGGAGACAAAAACAGUCAGUCAGGUGCAGACAACCGUGAUUGAGCAAAAAACUAUUACCAAAAAGCAUGAUGUUAAAACCCUGAAGACCGAGUUCCGUAAUCUUGACGUAAGCCGACAGGGUCUCAUUAAGACUGGUAAAAAGAAGAUGAAACCGGAGAUACACUUCCCGCCACCCCCCACAUCCCCGCCCCCACCAUCUGAGUCGGAAUUUCCUCUCCCUCCCCCACCUCCACCAGUCGAACCUGACCGUCAGACAUUUCCAACCCCCCCUCCACCCGACAUGAGGCAGGACAGUGACCUUCCCCCACCUCCUCCACCCCCUGUUGAAUCCCUGUCACCUGAACCAGAUCAUUUCCCUCCCCCCCCACCUCCACCCCCACCCUCAAUGGCAGGGCAGGACGUGUUGCCACCCCCACCAUCACAGCAAGAGCUGGAAUCCAUGCCUUCCCAUACACCUCACCAAUUACCUGCAGAGGCUAAAAAAAUGACAGUCAAACCAGUAAAGGCUCCUGCCUUAUAUAAAGUCCCAAAACUUGAAACAUCCAGGCAGUUCAAGCAGGAAAAAACAAUGGCACAGAAGAAGAAAAUGCCACCUCCACCGCCCCCGCAACCUUCAGUGAUGACUUCACAAACACAGAUACAGCAGGUCAUGACAGCCACGGAGGUGUUCACAGCAAGCAACACAGUGACUGAGAUAAGCAAACCAGAGGAAACCAUGAAAACAGAGAUUCAAGCUGAAUUAAAUCCACUGCCCUUGACAGAAGCUACAUCUGGGACUCCGCUGACAAAGCCUGCUCACUUAGAAUCGCCUCGCCCACCGAGGAAGGUUUUCAGCCCUCCGAAGAAACUGCCUCUGCCAACUGUUCAGUCCCCACCUGCUAAACCCAAAACUUAUGCAAGGAAAUUCAAAACACCACUAAUGAUGGCAGAGGAAAAGUACCGAAAGCAGAGAGAGGAUGAGAUUGCAGCAGAGGACAUGACCCCGACCUCACCCCCUGGUAAUGCAGACCUGCAGGUCACAGACAAUGCCGUAAUUAAAGAGGAUGUGAAAGAAGACACAAUUGAAGAGAAAUCUGAAAAGAACAUUGCCUCCAAUGUAAUUCAUGCUGAAAUGGCUCUGACUGAGGCUAAAUUAGAUGCAGAAUCUCUUCAUCCAGCUGUAUCCACAGGUCUGACUGUUAGUCAGAAAUCCGUUUCUCAAUCUGCUGGCAUUUCCUCGGCUAAACAGCACAUCACCUUCAAUCAGACUGUAGUCUCGAGGCACCAGUCCUCGUCUGUUUCUUCCACCAAGCAUCAGACAGUUUCUGCCAAAACAGAAGAAGUGAUUUCUGCUCAGUCUGACUCUUCCUCUAACAUCAAAGAUCAUCCCUCUGGAUCCACAACUCCUGAGCAACUAGAGGGCUCUUCGAAAACUGGCCCAAAAAGCCUGAUUUCUAAACAAGAAAUUAUGCAAGACAUUACAAAUUUGCAAAGUCAGACUUCCGCUAGCAUCAAAACAGAAGGAGUCAAGAAAGCAGAAAGUUCAGCUGUUCAGGGACCAGGGAAGGUACCCCCACAGCCCACGAAAAUGUCUAAAGUAACUCCUAAAUUCAGAGUGAAAACUGUAAAAGUGCCAAAACUUGAGAAAAUUGAGAAUCAAGAACAAAAUAAAGACACCAAGCUGGAAGAUCAAGUUGUUGUAACGGACACUUCAGUAUUAAGUCAAAAAGAGCAAAUUGUUUCAGAGGUUCAGAAAGUGAACGUGGUUCAGGAAAGCACUGAAGUGUCUGGGGCCAUUGAGAAACACAUUGAAACUGAAGUCAAAGUAACAGAAAACAAGUUGUCUGAGAAAGCUGCACCCGCAAAGGAAAAGAAGCCAGAAAAGGUAAUCCCCAAAUUUAAAGUUAAAACAGUCAAACUGCCAAAAGCUGAAAAAAUUGAAAAGCAAGAAAAAAAGAUAGAUGUCACUGUUUCAGAGAUGUGUGAUGUGAAGGUGGUUCAAGAAGACAUUCAUAAGGUAGCUGGCAGUGCCCAGUCGCACACAGAAAUAGAAUCCAAGGUGGAAAAAGUAGAGGAACAACAACAGGACAGUAAUCUAGAGGUCCAAAUGAAAAAGCCAAAGCAAAAACUAAAGAAGGAGAAAGAGAGACUACCAUCUCCCAUUAAAGUUGCCACUGCUCCUAAAGACACAAAGUCACUAAGUACCUUGAAGACAACACAAGAGCAGGAGGAAUUAAGAGUGCUCCCAAUGCAAAAGGCCCACCAUGAAGAGCACACCCAGGUUCAUGAAGAAGUGAUUAUUACUGAAAGUAAAGUUCGCCAGAGUUUCCAGCAGCAGGGCUCCAUUCAAGUUCAGAUGCAGGUCAAGUCUUCACAAAAGCAGAAAGAAGAAUCCAGCAAAAAACAAAUACAAGAAAAACCAAAGGGUGAAUACAAGCAAGUUUCAGUUAAAUUGAUAGGGAAGCCAGACCAGAAAGAGGCUGUUCAGCUUGUAGCAGAGGAUACACAAAAUAGUGAAGUCCUACAGAGGCUGCUGUCUCACAUUGAAGAGCUGCAGGGCACUGCAGGAAAAAUGGACUCUAAGAAAGUAAAGACAAUGUUAAGCGAAAUCCCAGAGUGGUUAAUCAGCCCGGAGGAAAAGAACGAUUUUGAUAGAGCUGUAUUUGAGCGCAAUGUGCAGAAGCUGACAGAGAUCACAGAGUACGUGAAAAAUCUUGUACAAUCCAGGCUUUUUAUCCUAAAUGGAAACAGCACCACAGUGGAAAAACAUGUCUCUGAAAGGACGGAUGCUGCUGGGGCAAUUCCGAAGACAUGCAAAGUAAGCGUUGGAUCUGUUAAAGUUGGCACUCAAAAGAAAGUGUUAACUGAGAAAAAGAGCUCCCACGACAGCAGAAAGCAGGAGCUGGUGGAAGGAAGAGCUGUUGGUCCCAGAACACCCUCGCCCAUGAUAAGAAUGCGUUCACCGUCGCCAUCCUAUAUCACCAUUGAAUCCAUACGAAAAACUGACUCGCCCCAGAGGGUGGCACCUUCGCCUCCACCAAUGCCCCCAACUCCUCCUCCUCGCAGGUCAGAAACACCAUCCUCUCAAAUCAGCAGGGCCACGCCCUCUCCAACUUUCAGUCGUGCUGACAAGCUGGCUAAACUGAAGGACACCACUGCUAUGCUCUCUCAAAGAGCUUCCCCGCCUCCUCCUCAGCAGUCUGCUCAGUUUGUGGAAAAAAAAGCUGAAAUCGUGGAAUCACCCACGUCCUUCCAUCGACAGAUCAAAAUUGAAACAAGCGUCAUGGAGACUUCGGAAACUUCAGAUCCAUCGGCAAGCGCAUCCGUGAAGGACAAAAAGGACUUUUUUGAGGAAGCGCAAAAAGCCGAGGUGAACAAGACCUACAUGCGCAAGGAGCCCAUUAAUAUCCCUGAGCGCCUGGGUCUCGAUGUGGAGGAGAUGGAAAAGGAAGAGAAGGAAAAGGAGGAGCUCCCUAGGGUUGACCUGUCACAACUUGUUAACAAAUUUGAAUCACCUGAGCAAAAAGUUUAUGUCAGAAAAGAACCUAUUCUCAUAGCAGAGAGGCUGGGGACUGACUUGGAAGAAACUGACACUCAGGAAGACAAAAAAGUCACUCUGAUGGAGGAAAUACCCACUUUUAGCAUUAAGGCUAUUAGAACGGUGUUUGAGACUACUAAGAAAAGUUCCCAAGCCAAAGAGCAAGAUGACAAACAGGAGGCAGUGGAGCCAGACAUCAUGACAGAUGGUUCAAAACAGGCUGACUCCUCGGGGCCAGAAAAGGGCUCUGGGCUGAGCUCUCCCCUGCCUGUCCACCAUGAAGAAAAGAAAGAGGAAUCAAUUGAACCCGCAGGGCUUUCUGAGACAAAGUCUGUCAGUGAGCAGUUCUCAAGCGUUGAUAAAUUUGGCAACAAGUUAAGUGGGUCAAGGAGCUCCACGACAGUCUCCAAGCAUGCAGAGAGCGUGCUGACCCGACGGGCCCCUCCCACAUAUGCAGAUGUAGUGAAAGGGAAAGUCCCUGUACUGGAUGUUCCUGCUGAGGAUUCCCCUGAGGAGCUUCUGAAGAACUUCCACAAGACCUGGACAGACAGCCAGAACGUUUUUAAGAGCCUCGGUUACACCAUCUCUGAAGAGAGAACGUCACGGGUUGUGUCACACCAGGAGCAGACCGUCAUUACUGAAAAUUCAAGUUCCAGAGUUGGACCUGUGCCAGGUGUGUCAAAAGAAGGUGUAUCCGAUGGAAUCCCUGAUAGCAGACAAACAAAACUUCCAUAAAUCCUGUUUCCGCUGUGUGCACUGCGGCAGUAAAUUAAGCCUUGGCAACUACGCCUCUCUCCAUGGACAUAUAUACUGCAAGCCACACUUCAAGCAACUCUUCAAGUCCAAAGGAAAUUAUUAUGAGGGAUUCGGACAGAAACCUCACAAGGAAUUAUGGAGCUCUAAAAACCAAAAGCAUUUUCCUGAAAAGGCUACGCUCAACACCUCCCCUGUGAAAACUGAUUUGCAAUGCCCCAGUACACAGAUCAGCAUUAGCUCAGCAGAGAAAGAACGGCCAACCCCAAACAAAAAAGAAAUAA